AUGCAGAACCAAUUCCAACAAGAUCUAUGGAAGGCUGCCCAGGGACCCUGGGACUCGGGUGUUCUCCCUAGCGCCGAGAACCUGGCGCGAGCUAGAGCUUCUCUACCCGCGACACUUUCGGAUACGGGAUCCAGUCUCGAAUCUGUCCAGCGACACAUUCUCGAUGAUAUUGUCCCGGCAUUCAACGGAGGAAGUAUAAGUGCCAACUACUACGGUUUCAUCACGGGCGGAACUACCCCAGCAGCGCUCUUCGCGGACAACGUUGUAUCUGCUUACGACCAGAAUGUCCAGGUGCAUCUCCCAAACCACUCGAUUGUCACUGAUGUGGAAUACAACGCACUUGGUCUCCUUUUGGAUCUCUUUCAACUAGAGCGUUCUAUCUGGCAUAAUGGAACGUUCACUACCGGCGCCACGGGGAGCAAUAUCCUCGGCCUAGCAUGCGGGCGGGAAUUUAUUUUGCAAAAGGCAGCACAGAGAAAAGGCUGUCAUCUCCAGAGUGUUGGUGAAGAGGGCUUGUUUGAGGUAUUAAAUGCACUAGGUCUUUCUGGGGUGCAAGUGUUAUCCACGCUGCCACACUCAUCUGUCGUGAAGGCUGCUGGUGUGUUAGGCAUCGGUCGUUCUAACGUACACAAUGUCUGCCGAGCCGACGACCCGCUCCGCUUUGAUCUUGAUAAGCUUCAGAAAGAACUUGCGAGAACAGACAAGGUCAGCAUCGUGGCAAUAUCUUGCGGGGAGGUCAAUACUGGUCGUUUUGCAACAAGCGGUGCGGACUUGAGAGAAAUACGCCAGCUGUGCGACAAAUACGGAGCCUGGAUGCAUGCUGAUGGAGCAUUUGGAAUCUUUGGUCGUGUUCUUGAUGAAAGCCCGGAGUUUGCGACAAUCAAGAAGGGCUGUGAAGGAAUAGAUCUGGUUGACUCGAUUACCGGUGACGGCCAUAAGCUUCUCAACGUUCCCUACGACUGUGGCUUUUUCUUUACUCGACACCCGAACGUGGCAUCGCAAGUAUUCCAAAAUGCAAAUGCAGCCUACUUAACUGCUGGAAGCUCAGAUGGCCCUUCCAUCCCCUCGCCUUUAAACAUUGGAAUUGAAAACUCUCGUCGAUUCAGAGCGUUGCCUGUGUAUGCAUCGCUGUUGUCAUAUGGCAAAUCUGGAUAUCAAGAAAUGCUGGAGCGUCAGACAAGGCUUGCCCGCAAAAUCUACGGAUGGAUCUUCGACCAUGCUGGGUAUACAGCUUUGCCUGAAGCAUUGUCCAAAUCUGAACUGCUCGAUCAGACAUUUAUGAGUGUUUUGUUUCGCGCAAAUGAUGAGAGCUUGAACCGCGAGCUAGGAAACAAGAUCAACGAGAGCUCGCGAAUGUUCGUGUCGGGUACCAGCUGGGAUGGAUCCCCUGCUUGUCGCAUUGCAAUCUCGAAUUGGCGAGUUGAUGUGGAGCGAGACUUUGCGCUGGUAACAGAUGUAUUGGCAAAGGUUGCCCAGAGCUAG